UCGUGCACUCCAGAUUAUAUAAUAAACCUAAUCGUAUCCUCUACUCACUCUCCGAGCCUCAACGACUCUACUGUCUAGCAUCCUUCUCAUCGGAUAAACCCUAACUCAGCCUCCGCUUUCCGGUGAGUCUCAGCUCCGGUGCAAAUGGCUUCUACCUUUGCUGGCAUGUCUUCAGCUGGUUCAUUGGCUGCUCCUAGCAGCUGCAUGAAGGACAACAGGCUUGCAAUUUCUUCAAAUAAGUUGUCAUCUCUUGCUUCUAUAUCUUCAAGCUCCUUUGGGAGGAGGAAAAAUGUUGUUCUACGCAAAACACGCCCUUGCCAAAUAACAGCUGCAGCCAAGGAGUUGUAUUUCAAUAAGGAUGGAUCAGCUAUUAAGAGGCUCCAAAUCGGUGUUAAUAAGCUUUCUGAUCUAGUUGGGGUCACACUUGGUCCCAAGGGAAGGAAUGUUGUUCUUGAGAGCAAGUAUGGUGCUCCAAAAAUUGUCAAUGAUGGAGUUACUGUGGCCAGAGAGGUUGAGCUGGAGGAUCCUGUGGAGAACAUAGGUGCUAAGCUGGUGAGACAAGCUGCAGCCAAAACCAAUGACUUGGCAGGUGAUGGGACAACAACAUCUGUUGUUCUUGCACAAGGCCUAAUUGCUGAAGGUGUCAAGGUUGUUGCAGCUGGUGCAAACCCUGUCUUGAUCACUAGAGGAAUUGAGAAGACCACAAAAGCUUUAGUGUCUGAGCUGAAAAACAUGUCAAAAGAGGUGGAAGACAGUGAACUAGCAGAUGUGGCUGCAGUGAGUGCUGGGAACAACUAUGAAGUGGGAAAUAUGAUUGCUGAAGCCAUGAGCAAAGUUGGUAGGAAGGGAGUUGUGACUCUAGAAGAGGGGAAAAGUGCUGAAAACAGUCUACGUGUUGUAGAAGGAAUGCAAUUUGAUAGAGGUUACAUUUCACCAUACUUUGUAACUGAUAGUGAGAAAAUGGCUGUUGAAUAUGAUAACUGUAAGUUACUACUGGUUGACAAAAAAAUAACAAAUGCAAGGGAUCUUAUUAAUGUAUUGGAAAGUGCCAUCAGAAGUGGUUUUCCCAUUCUGAUAAUUGCUGAAGAUAUUGAACAAGAAGCUCUUGCAACCUUGGUGGUGAAUAAACUUAGGGGUGCAUUGAAGGUUGCUGCUCUCAAAGCUCCUGGUUUUGGUGAACGGAAAUCCCAGUAUCUUGAUGAUAUAGCAAUUCUUACUGGAGGAACUGUAAUUAGGGAAGAGGUUGGCCUUAGCUUAGACAAGGCUGACAGUGAUGUCCUUGGUCAUGCUGCCAAGGUAGUCCUAACUAAGGACUCUGCGACAAUUGUUGGCGAUGGCAGCACCCAGGAAGAAGUCAGUAAGCGUGUUGCACAGAUUAAAAACCUUAUUGAGGUUGCAGAUCAAGAUUAUGAGAAGGAAAAGCUAAACGAAAGAAUUGCAAAAUUAUCAGGAGGUGUUGCUGUCAUUCAGGUUGGUGCACAAACUGAAACAGAACUAAAAGAAAAGAAACUUCGAGUGGAAGAUGCCUUGAAUGCAACAAAGGCUGCUGUUGAGGAAGGCAUUGUUGUUGGGGGUGGAUGCACUCUUUUGAGGCUUUCUUCAAAAGUUGAUGCCCUUAAGGAGAGCCUUGAGAAUGAUGAGGAGAAGGUUGGAGCCGAUAUUGUCAAAAGAGCAUUGAGUUACCCUUUGAAGUUGAUUGCAAAAAAUGCUGGUGUUAAUGGAAGUGUUGUUAGUGAGAAGGUGCUUUCAAGUGACAACCCAAAAUAUGGAUACAAUGCUGCGACAGGCAACUAUGAAGACUUGAUGGCUGCUGGAAUUAUUGAUCCAACCAAGGUGGUGAGAUGUUGUUUAGAGCAUGCUGCAUCUGUGGCAAAGACAUUCUUGAUGUCAGAUUGUGUGGUGGUUGAGAUAAAGGAGCCCGAACCAGUCAUGGCUGGGAACCCCAUGGAUAACUCCGGAUACGGUUACUAGGUAAGAUCAACAGAGUUGGAGACAUGGCAUGAAUGACGUAUAAGGAUCUGGCUCCGGGAUGGAUAAUAAAAACCACAAAGCUGUGUAAUUGGCUGCCGAAGCAGUUUUUGUAAAUCUAGUUGUUAUUCUUUAUGGAAGAAUGUAAAAAUCCUGGCAGGGUUUUAGCCUUCCAGGGUGCGGUGAGAGAAAAUUGCUAGACUUGCAACGCAUUGUACGAUUUGAUGACAGCAUUAUAGGAUGUUUACACUCCAUUUUCUCUA